UCUUUAGAAGAAAGCCAGGCCACGACAUUUUCUCAGUCUGAUUCCCACUGUCCGUGUGAUUUGAAAGUUUCUCUGUGUGAUGUUGGAUGUUGCUGUGAUCAGGUAAGAUAAAUAUUACGAUUCAGUGAUCGUCGCGAUCCAGCGAUCGGAAUGUUCCUUUCAAUUUCACUUUUUUGAAAAUUCCACCGUUCUCCAUGCCAUCCAGUCGUCAAAAUGUUCCAUUGUCUUAUUGGUUUUUGAAAAUCCCACUGUUUUCCAUGCCAUCAUAGACAAUCCAGAAGACAUUCUUCUUGAUUGAAGACAUUUGUCUUCUGGAUUGUCUGUGAUGCCAUCCAGCAACGAUUCAGUGACCGGAAUGUUUCAUUGUUUUUUCAUUGUUUUGUAAAUCCCACUGUUCUCUAUACCACCCAGUAAUGAUCCAAUCGAAAUGUUCCAUUGUCUUUUCAUUGUUUUGAAAAUUCCACUGUUCUCUAUGCCAUCCAGUAAUGAUCCAGUAAUCAGAUGUUCCUUUGUCUUUUCAUGGUAAUUGAAAAUCCCACUGUUCUCCAUGCCAUCCAGUCAUGAUCCAGUAAUCAGAUGUUCCUUUGUCUUUUCAUGGCAAUUGAAAAUCCCACUGUUCUCCAUGCCAUCCAGUCAUGAUCCAGUAAUCAGAUGUUCCUUUGUCUUUUCAUGGUAAUUGAAAAUCUCACUGUUCUCCAUGCCAUCCAGGCACUCGUUAUUUUGACUUAUCUAUUCUCUUCCAUCGCUCUCGCGUCUUUUAAACAAGACUAUGUCUCUACAGGAUUGUUCAUCUUUGGAGAAGAAAACUUUUUCAUGUAUCCCAGGAUACUUCGGUGGCUCAACGCAGCCCACGAUAUUUGAGUACGGUUGCCAGGAAACAUGGAACGAUGGCGACAACUACCUUGCAAUACUAUGUGUAGUAACGGACAACAAUCCAUUUCUUGGCCUACUAUACGGCACGCCGCCCGCAUCCGCAGGCGACAGCGUGCAAUUUGACUCCCUGCAGGCUGGCUCGCCUGAGUACGAAUACCGCGAAAACGAGACUCGCUCAAUGGUGGAGGGUGACGUAACCGUGAGCGGGUAUCGCGAUGGCGUCAUAAAGACAGACCGCGCGGUCCUAACACUUCCUCGGGGGAUUGGUACUAGCGCAUGCGCACGCUACGCUCCCGUUGCAUUCUUAAGGGACAGUGCCACGUGGUGCAGCUCAGAAUUCUCGGAAAGUAUGUGUUCUGAGAAAUCGUCUUGGAGUGCCUUGGAUUACUUAGUUCCCAGUACAGCGCGGUCGUGUUUGACCUCUCCCCAGGUUCUCAAUCUGAACAGCCGAGCGAACUCGUCCUCAGUCCCUACGCAUGUCGAGUAUUUUUGUGUCAAAGAUUCAACCAUAUACACGACCGAGUUUGGAAAAGACUGGGGCUCAACAUUGCAGGGUGGCUCACUUUUUAACACCGAUCAGAGGUCUGGAAACGAAUCCCCUGAUUCUAGAUGUGCAUUCGACGAUGGCGUCAGCAAACCACCUGCCCCAGAAUUCAACGCAAACUCAAGGGAAUGUUCAAAUGUUGUACUAAAGGUUGAUUAUGACAUAUAUUGGAAGGGAGGCAAAAUCGUCCAAUUGAGAGCAAAGGUGACCAUGGGCGAUAUAUCUGCGCCCGCGGGCAAUUUGAUCGUUGCUCAGCGGUUUUCUGUGAAAUUUACAUACCUUAACGAAGUUGAUUUAACCAAGCUUCCCUUCAUUCAGCCUGCGCUCGAGCAGAGGUCUGGGAACCCAGGGUACAUCACAGGAAAGAAGGUGAUAGCUAAGAUCGACAGGGGACAAUCAGGGACAUCUUCGGUUACGGUAAGUAUUCAAAUUUUCAUUGUAUUCGUGCAGUGUCAGAGUAAAUAUGAACUAGUUUUUAAUAUAAAGGUUGAAAAAACCACAAUGUAAAACGCACAAGUUACAACUAACCUGCAGCAGACUUGUAGCAAUGCUGUUCCAACAACUUGUCAACAGGAUGUGUUCGCACUGCUUGUUUCCAGCUUGUUAGCAAAUUGUCAACGGCUUGUUGACAACUUGCCACAAGGUUGCUGAGCUCAACAGACUUGUUACAAGUUGUUCCAACAACUUGUUAUCGUCCUGCAAUUUAUCGACUUGUUAACAAGUUGUGCGUGACAACCUUGUAGCAAAUUGAUAAAAUAACAACAGCAUUGUUACAAUUCGUUGACAAGCUUGCUACAAGCCUGUUGCGAACACAUCUUGUUGACAAGUUGUGAGAUUUUUUACGUCUAUAGAAAGCACUAAUCGGCCUACACGUGUAAAAGCGCACAAGUUGUUACAAGUCUGCAAACAAGUUGUUACAAAUCUGUUCACAAGCUGUCGACAAGUUGUGUUCGCACUGCUUGUUCCUAGUUGUUGUAACAAAUUUGGAACAAGCUGUUAACAGCUUGUAACAAGCUUGAUGGCAUUAUCAGACUUGUUACAAGGUUGUUUGGACAAGUCUGAUACAGUCAUGAUAUAACAAGAAUGUUACAAGGUUGACGACACAAGGUUGUUAGUAACAAUAUUGUCAUAUCAUGACUGUAUCGGACUUGGUGGAACAACCUUGUAACAAGUCUGAUAACACCAACAAGAUUGUUACAAGAUGUUAACAGCUUGUUCCAAACUUGUUGACAACUUGGGACAAGCAGUGCGAACACAACUUGUCGACGGCUUGGUGGUAGAAUUGCUACAAGAUGCGAGAUUUUUGCGUGUGUAGUAUUGACAUGUCUAUAUAAACUGUUUUUAGAUAAACCAAACAUCCUUGGGUCAGCUCAGCCUAUGGUCGCCUUCUGUCACUGGUCUCUGCACAGAAGCUCGAACGUCGGGCAUUCUAUUUGGUUUGAACAGUAUGACUGGAUGUUUGUUAAGGCUAACUUUGAAAGAUUUUGCCAACUGCAGCUCAUUGAAAGAGACUGUGUUGGAACAUCAAGAAAAUCUUCUGAAAGCAACUCAUGUAGCAAGACGAGGAAAUGUCACGCUGAAUGAAACUAACGAUUGGGUGUUGUUGUUGUAA